CAAUGACGUCACACGCCGGCGCCAUGGCGGCGGUGCUGGCGGCGGCGCUCCGGGAGUGGGCCGCGGCGGCGGAGCGGCGGGACGCGGCGUGGCGGGCGGCGCUGGCGGGCUGGGCCGCGCUGCUGCGCUCGCUGGCCGGGCUGGCGGCGCAGAUGCAGGCGGCGCGGCGGCUGGCGUGGGCCGGCUCGCCCCUGGGCGCCUUCGGGGAGCUGCGGGAGCGGCUGUGGCGGAAGCAGCGCGGCGCUGCCGAGGCGCUGCUGGAGCAGCUGUGCGGCCGGCGGGCGGAGCUGCGCGCCGUGCGGGACGGCGCCGGGGCCGGCGGGGCCGCGGUGCUGCGGCUGUACGAGCAGCGGGCGGCGGAGCUGGGGCUGGCGGCGGCUCUGCGGCGGGGGCCGCGCUGCCCCUCGCUGGCGGACGCGCUGGAGGGGCUGCAGGACGUGGAGCGCUACUACCGGCACCUGUACCUGGAGAGCGACCUCCUCCUGCGCCGCAUCAGCUGCGACAGCCCGGCGGACAUGGAAGCUCUCCCGCAGGCCUGGGAGAGGAUCUUGGAGCGCUACAAGGAUGACAUUGUCCAAGAUGUGCUUCUCAAGGUCUCUCUGUUCGUGGACAACCAGCGGGAGCUGUGCUGCUCACCCGACUCCUGACAGAGGGGCUGAUGCCGACCAGCGUCUGCAAGUGGCUGGUAUAUCCUGAGGUGACCAUGAGGAAGAUCUGAGGAAGCUCUACUGGUGCUUUUUGGAAGCUGAAAAUGAGUUUGGUACUGGGUCUCAGUGGCAAACACCUGGACUGUGUCAUUUUCAAGUUGAAAUGGACUCUUCUGAAGUAGAGGCUGAGCUAAACAAACCAUGAAGGUGGACAGGAGUUGUCUUCAGCUUCAGAAGUUGCUGGCCAUGGAUAUUUUGUAUACUGAAAAAAAGUUGAGACUUACUAACCCGAGGUGCACAGCAAAUAAGUGACGGUGACAUCAGGUCCAGCAGGCUGAUCCCAUGUCAGAAAGGUAUUUAGGUACUGUCCUUACACAUAAAUAAAGCAUACCAAAUCAGAGCUAGGAAACAGUUUGCACCUUGUGCCUCUGAGUAAUGCCUUUGUUUUCAUCUCACCUCUGUGUUGAAGAGUGAGGAGCAAAUUUGGCUUGAAAAGGUAAUUGUGGAGGUGCCUGGACACUUGAGUGCUGACACAGGCAGGUUCAGUGUGUUACCAGUCUGAUACCUCCACUAGGGCACGUUUACAUCACAGUCUUAAAACAUCACGUUCCCAGAAAGCAGUGGGAUGCCUGUCUCUAAAUAACAUGCUUUGUAAGAAAACGAACCUUCCUAGGGAAGGCCAAAUAAAGAAUUGUUCAUGGACAGACAGCA